AUGCGACCGGCUCGAGAUAACGCAUCAGGUGCAAGUAGCCCGAGGGUUCCUCCCGAUUUGGUGCGGAGCGCUCCGGCAAGCCUGCCCUCCCCGCCCGACCCGCUGGCCCACCGGCCCCGAAGCGCCCCUCCGACGGAGUCCCCUGGCCUUUUCACUGUGGCCGCUCCAGCCCCUGGAGCGCCUUCUCCUCCCGCCACGCUGGCGCACCUUCUUCCUGCCCCGGCAAUGUACAGCUUGCUGGAGACUGAGCUCAAGAACCCGGUGGGGCCGCCCACCCCAGCAGCAGGCACUGGAGGCCCCGCAGCCCCCGGCGGUUCAGGCAAGAGUAGCGCGAACGCAGCCGGCGGCGCGAACGCAGGCGGCGGCGGCAGCGGUGGCGCGAGCGGCGGUGGCGGGGGCAGCGACCAGGACCGAGUGAAGCGACCCAUGAACGCCUUCAUGGUAUGGUCCCGCGGGCAGCGGCGCAAGAUGGCCCUGGAGAACCCCAAGAUGCACAACUCUGAGAUCAGCAAACGUUUGGGCGCCGACUGGAAACUGCUGACCGACGCCGAGAAGCGACCGUUCAUCGACGAGGCCAAGCGACUCCGCGCAGUGCACAUGAAGGAGUACCCGGACUACAAGUACCGGCCGCGCCGCAAGACCAAGACGCUGCUCAAGAAAGACAAGUACUCGCUUCCGCCGCUGCUGCUGCGGCCGCCGCCGCCGCCAUGAGCCUGGGCCCCAUGGGCUCGGUGGUGAAGUCGGAGCCCAGCUCGCCUCCGCCCGCCAUCGCGUCGCACUCGCAGCGCGCCUGCCUCGGCGACCUGCGCGACAUGAUCAGCAUGUACCUGCCGCCUGGCGGGGACGCGGCCGAUGCCGCCUCUCCACUGCCCGGUGGCCGCCUGCACGGCGUGCACCAGCACUACCAGGGCGCCGGGACUGCGGUCAACGGAACGGUGCCGCUGACCCACAUCUGAGUUCCGGCCUGAGCUCGUCGCCCUUCGCCCCCACCCUGCCCCGCACCCCCGAGUUGGGACGCCUUGUUGUUUAGCUUUGCUUGCCUGGGACUGUUGCCUUGUACCGAAGAUGGGGAGGACAGAAAGUUUUGCUGUAGCUGUCGGGUUUUGUACAAAAGCAAGAAGAAGUCCGGAGCAGCGGAAAUGGGACUUUCUAGAACUGCCUGCCCCUUACCGCUGCCCCUCCCUCCCCCUUUGUAGGCUGGGAAUCGCGGUGAUGUUUGCAAAGAAAAAGCAGCCCCCUCCUCCUCCCGGGUUCUUCAGUUGCAUUUGAAAAUGUUGUCGCGUUAGUUUGCUAUUAAUGGAGGAGUGAGUGAGUGGGAGAAACAGACUCUCGGGUGAGGCUGGCCUGAGAACUGCGACGCCCCCGCCCCCAGUCGCGUUGCAUUUGUUUUCCUCUUGGUUUUGGGGGGGGGGGGCUGACCGCGCCGAGUGGCGCGGCAGCUAAAGCCAAUGUUAAUUUAUAGCCAGGUGUGCGCGUGUCUCCCGCCUCGCCGCCCCUGGCCGCGGGACAGCUUCUGUCCAGUCAGCUUUUAGGCUGUUGGUGAUUUUCUGCCGUGAUUUGUUUGCUAUUUCGUCACGCUAAUGUGUUCGGAUUUCGUUUGGGUGGUGGGGAAGGGGCUAUUUUGUUUCAGGUUUUUCAAGAUUUUACUCUUAAUUACUAAAUGAGAGAUCAAUAAAUUUUAUA